UCCGCGGGGCGGAGGAUGCCUCUCUGCAAGGGCCGGCUGCUGGGCAUCUCGGUGGCCAUCGCGCACGGGGUCUUCUCGGGCUCCCUGAACAUCCUGCUGAAGUUCCUCAUCAGCCGCUACCAGUUCGGGUUCCUGACGCUGGUGCAGUGCCUGACCAGCUCGUCGUCGGCGCUCAGCCUGGAGCUGGGCCGGAGGCUGGGCCUGCUGGCCCUGCCCCGCUUCGGCCCCGGCCUGGCGCGCCCCUUCGCCCCGGUCACCGUGCUGGCCACCCUGCAGUCCGGCCUCACCCUCUGGGCCCUGAGAGGCCUCAGCCUGCCCAUGUAUGUCGUCUUCAAGCGCUGCCUGCCCCUGGUCACCCUGCUGCUCGGAGCCCUGGCCCUCAACGACGGGGCGCCCUCGCCCGGGGUCUCGGUGGCCGUUUUCAUCACCACCUGCGGGGCCGCGCUGGCCGGAGCUGGGGAUCUAUCGGGAGACCCCAUGGGCUACGUGACCGGAGUGUUGGCAGUGCUGGUGCACGCGGCUUAUCUGGUGCUCAUUCAGAAAACCAGUGCAGAAACGGACUACGGGCCGCUGACCGCCCAGUACGCCAUCGCCGUCUCGGCCACCCCCCUGCUCAUCAUCUGCUCCUUCGCCAGCAUGGACUCCAUCUACGCCUGGUCCUUCCCCGGGUGGAAGGACCCCGCCAUGGUCUGCAUCUUCGUGGCCUGCAUUUUGAUCGGUUGCGCCAUGAACUUCACCACACUACACUGCACCUACAUCAACUCAGCCGUGACCACCAGCUUUGUCGGGGUGGUAAAAAGCAUCGCCACCAUCACCGUGGGCAUGGUGGCCUUCAACGACGUGGAACCCACCUCUCUCUUCAUAGCCGGAGUGGCGGUCAAUACCUUCGGCUCUCUCGUUUACUGCGUGGCCAAGUUCAUUGAGACCCGAAAGCAGAGCAACUAUGAGGAUUUGGAGAAAGAGGCCGGAGAAGAUGAGGAGAAGGAGCCCGGUGGCUAUCAGCCGCCUUUUGUCUUGGAGGGGUUGUCCCUGGAGAAGGGACCCAGAGAGGCGGCAGGAGGGGAGGCGGCCGGUGGGGACAGCCAGCAAGGAGAAGAAGAGCAGAGAGACAGCUUGGCCAUAGUCAGCAGCGGCCAAGAAGCGGUCGGUCCUGAAGGGGUUAACAGGAGCUCAUUAAAGGAUGCCUACCUUGGAGUAUGGAGGUUAGUUAGGGGGGCUAAAUACCUGAAGAAGGAUUACUUGAUAGAAAAUGAGGAGUCCCCCAGCCCUUGACAUGCCCCCUUUUAAGAUUACAGUUGUAUAUUUUCAUGAGGGAGUCAUAUGUUUUAGCUCAAGUUAGGGGUCUUUAGAAAGGAGAGGCCCGAAGGAACCUACCUAUAAAAUGCAAAUUUUUCACAUCUGCACUGACAAAACUGGUACCCCUCUAAAUUAUUUAAGGAGAUUUCACCUGAGUUAUCACCCGGAGAUCAUCUCCAAGAGAGGAAAGGGUACGAGAACUCUGAUUCACCAAGUAAGGUCGUCGUGCUGGUUACAGGUUGCCGACAUUAUUUUUUUCCCUUAGGAAUAAGCAGAUCUGCAUGCAAAGCCACCUAUCACCAAGGUAGAGUACGCACAUAAUGUUGUCACAUCUAUCUGGAGAAGUUUGAGGAAUAGAGAGUGUGGCUACACUCUCAAUAAUCUGCUGGUGAAGAGAAACACCGGUCGGUAAGAUAGCGUAUGAUUUGCACUGAAAGUAAGACUUUUUUAUGUUUUCAAAUUACCUAUCUAAUAAAAGGAAAAAUUUAUCUUGAAAUAUCCUCAAAUUUUAAAGCCAUAGUUUGCAAUUGACCAUGAACAAUUACAAAAAGAUGUUUUCAAAACUGAUGUUAGCUCAUUACUUUGUAAUAUUGGCUUUUAAUCCCACUUUGUUUUGGGAUCGUUACCCUCCGUAGUCAACAUUUUCUCUAGCAAACACGCUUAGUUGGGUCGAAUUUCAACUGACACGAUAAAGGACACACAAUCCCGUGUCUUGUAUUGCUCACUGGAAAAUAUGCUGUAGAAACCUCUACACCUCUGUUCAUACUGGAAUGCUUUUCCACAUGCAGUGUGGAAGAAGUACGAGCCUGCUGCUUUAACUGUUAAAAUGGAUAUAUUUAGGAACUCCGGUUUUAAGUGUUUGCUAUCUAAUGCCUGCUGUUCUAAUUUCAUUUAUUCUGCUAUAAACCGGGGUUUAUAUUGUAUCCGGUCUUCGAGAACCACUAGGCUUGGGAAUUCCCCUGAGUGAAAUUGGACAUUUAUUAAAUGCAACAUGGCUUUCCAAUGAAGGAGACUGUUGUAAAGGAAAAUAAAAUACUGCCUCGUGCUGAGGUGUUUUAAUUGCAUUCACAGAGGACUUCAAUUAAUAUGGAGAAUGAGAUGUGGUAAUAAACAGAGUGUGUUGAUUUGCAAAAA